AGAUGUUUGUUCAAUAUUAACCGACAUUACAGGGCCGUUUUCAGAAUGCUUUGCUGUUAUGGAUCCAGCAACAUUUUUUGAAUCAUGUACCUAUGACAUAUGUGCAUCAUGGCCUGAGAUAGAUAUCGCCUGUGAUGAUAUUGCUGGAUAUGCGAGCGUAUGUCAUCAAAUGGGCGUUGUCAUAGGAGUCUGGAGAUCAGAAGACUUUUGUCCUUUACAAUGUCCUUUGGGCAAAGUGUACGAUCCAUGUGGACCAGCAUGUCCACCAACUUGUCAUGGACUGGUGGGAGAUUGUAUGGAUACACCAUGUGUAGAAGGAUGUUUCUGUCCUAUGGGGUACUUGUUGAGUGGGAAUGAAUGUGUGAAACCCGACGACUGUGGAUGUUUUUAUAAUGGUCGCUAUUACCAUGUUGGAGAAGUUAUGGUAAAUCAGGAUUGUAGCGUUUACUGUGUAUGUAAAGGCAGGGAUGUGAUGGAGUGCUGGAGUCUGAUAUGCCAUAUCAAUGCAUUCUGUGGGAAUGUACAUGGAAUUCAUGGAUGCCAUUGUGAACAUGGAUAUAUUGGAGACGGUGAAAACUGUUUCAUGGAUGAUUACGAAACAUGUAUUGGCUGGGGUGAUGUGCACCAUGAGACAUUUGACGAUACGAAGUACGACUUUCAAGGUUUAUGUGAAUACAUGGCACUUCGCCCUCAGUGUUCAAACGACACAAAGCCAUUCUAUGUCACCGUAGAUUAUGAGUAUUAUUCGCCGGGAUUGUCUGUAACCAGAUCCGUGACGUUUGUUAGCAUAUUAGGG